AUGAAGGAGCUGCUCUCGAUCCGGGAGCGCAUCGAGCGCGAGGAGAAGACGAUCGAAGAGCUGAGGCGGCGGAGGCAGAUGCGCGAAGCCGCCGACGCCGCCAAGAAGUCGACGUUCGAUGCGCAGACGAGCACGGCUAGGGAUACGUCGGGCGCCUCGCUGUCGAUUCGGGACAUUGGCAUAUCGUUACGUUCUCCGCAGAAGGGCUAUGCGGCCAUUGGGCACACGACAACCAUCGGGUUGGAUAGGAGCCAACCACCCCUACCGACUACGCGUCCACCCCCCACCCCGCCAAAGGUGGAUCGUUCCGUAGGCUCUUCCACCCUUCUCGACAACGACUACAUGGCCCAUGCCUCAUCUACCGCCUCAACCUAUGCCCGGGAUGCAGAAGUUCGGUUGAACCUGUUCAUGAACGACCCCGGGAAAGAGUCGGAGACUACUGUA